CGGAUAUAUAAGGAGAAUCUAACAACAAGAAAAGUUAGUUUUUGGUCGUAAACAUAGACGAUGAAACUUCUCGUCGCGUUGCUAGUCCUUCAUGUGGGGUUCGCAUCUGCUGCCUUCACGGGUGCAGACCUCGUGCGAUUCCAAAGAACACUGGAAAAAUGUAGAAAUAGGCACAACGUUAGAGAUGAAAUACUCGAACGUGUGGUGGAUAGGGAAAUCGUCGACGAUCCAAAUUUCAACUGCUUUGUUUCUUGUCUUCUUGAAGGACACAACCUGUUAACAGAAGAUGGUUCAUUAAACGUCCCAGUGGCGAUGAGUUUAAUUCCCCAGGAUGCGGAUUUCGCACAACCAUUGACACAUGCUUUCAACACUUGCAGUACUAGAAGAGACCCCGAUAAAUGCAAAACAGCUCAAUUAUUAUUUGCUUGCAUGCACGAGAAUAAAAUCCCGGAUCUUCUCUUCGGAUGAAGACAAAAAUAACUGAAGGACAAUUCGGUGUCGGUAGAUUUUUAGUUUGCAAAUUUAUUUUGUUAUAAUUUCAGGGAAUAUAAAGUUACGCAUAAAUUCUGA